AUGGCCCUCACGCAAACCCCCGUCCCCGUCGACAUCUUCCCCGACGGCCUCAAAACCACCGGCCAGCACCCCCCUCUCUACAACGAACUGCGUCCCUUUGACAAGUUCCCCAAGCACAUCACCGGUCCGACCGUCUGGAAGGCCGAGGAGUAUCGCGAUGCCCCGGAGAAGUGGACGCAUCGGUUCUCGGCGGACGAGAUCGAGGAGUUGAGCACCGCUGCCGACAACUUUCUCCAGAACAAGAUCCCUCUGACGGGGAUCACCAAGAACAACUUCCCCCUCCCCAACCUCGCCGCCCGUCUCGCCGAACUGCGCGCCGACCUCCUCGACGGCAAGGGCUUCAUCCUGUUCAAGGGCUUCCCCGUCCAGCAAUGGGGCAACCACAAGUCCGCCGUCGCCUACAUGGGCCUGGGCACGUAUCUGGGGUACUUCGUCUCGCAGAACAGUCGCGGCCAUGUGCUCGGCCACGUCAAGGAUCUCGGCGAGGACUCGACCAAGAUUGACUCGGUGCGCAUCUACCGGACCAACGCUCGCCAAUUCUUCCACGCCGAUGACUCCGACAUCGUCGGCCUGCUCUGCAUCACCCGCGCCAUGGAGGGCGGCGAAUCCGACAUCGUCUCCUCGCACCACGUCUACAACACGCUCGCCGCCGAGCGCCCGGACGUGCUCAAGACCCUCACCGAGCCGAUCUGGUACUUCGACCGCAAGGGCGAGACCAGCCACGGCCAGGACGAGUACAUCCGCACCAGCGUCAUGUACCUCGAGCGCGGCGCCGGCCCCGACGCCCGCGUCUACACCAAGUGGGAUCCGUACUAUGUGCGCUCGCUGACCCGCUUCUCCGACGCCGGCAUCAUUCCGCCGCUGUCGCCCGCCCAGCUCGAGGCCCUCGACGUCCUCGAGGCCACCUGCAACCGCCUGGCGCUGCAUAUGAUCCUCGAGGUGGGCGAUAUCCAGUUCCUGGCCAACUCGCAUGUGCUGCAUGCCCGCACAGCGUACACGGAUUACCCGCCGCCGAUGCCGCGCCGGCAUCUGAUGCGGUUGUGGUUGGCGACGCCGGAGAGUGAGGGCGGUUGGAGAUUGCCGUUCUGGGACAGUAAUGAGAAGAAGAGAGGGGGGAUUCAGGUGGAUGAUCAGGCGCCUGUUGCGCCGUUGGAUGCUGAGUAG